UCGCCCUUAGGACAGACGCCUGUCGCACCUUUACUCCCGCUGUGCACUCGAGCCGGUCAGUGCUCAGUGUCUUGUGUACAUCCUUGCAAGCGACAGCGCCAUGAGUAUGACUUCCAGCAUAUGAGCUGAAUGGAUUGCAGCGGUUACCAUUGCUGCUGGGACAGUUGCAGUUGGAUAUCUAGCUUACAAAAGAUUUUAUGUCAAAGAUUAUCACAACAAAUCUAUGGUAAACCCUCACAUCCGGAAAGACAACCCCAAGGUAGUACAUGCUUUUGACAUGGAGGAUUUGGGAGAUAAAGUUGUGUACUGCCACUGUUGGAGGUCCGAGAAGUUCCCACUCUGUGAUGGCUCUCACACAAAACACAAUGAAGAAACUGGAGACAAUGUGGGACCUCUGAUCAUUAAGAAAAAAGACACUUAAAUGGACACUUUUGAUGCUGCAGACCAACUUGUCAUGAUGUUUCCUGAUCGUUUAAUUAGAAUGAGUACCACUUGUGUCUAAUUCACCUCCCCUGUGUUCUAGAUGUGGUAUAUUGCAAACUACAGCUUUCAUAUUCAUGGCA